GUGCGGGCCCCGGCGAUGCCCGGGGCAGGACGGGCCCGGCGCCGCUCGCCCUCUGCCCGCCCAGCCGAGCAGCGGCCGCCCCGGAACGCGGCGCCAGCGGAACGCCGUCGCAGGCGGGCGGGGCGCGGCGGGGCCGGUUGCGCGCGGGACCGGCGUGCCACGUCGGAGCGCGGGCAGAGGCCGGGCCGGGAGCGCCGCGGGGCCGCCGCCGCCAUGGUGUCGGUCAUUAACACCGUGGACACGUCCCACGAGGACAUGAUCCACGACGCCCAGAUGGAUUACUACGGCACGCGCCUGGCCACCUGCUCCUCCGACCGCUCCGUCAAGAUCUUCGACGUGCGCAACGGGGGGCAGAUCCUCAUCGCCGACCUCCGGGGGCACGAAGGUCCCGUGUGGCAGGUUGCCUGGGCUCAUCCUAUGUAUGGGAAUAUCUUGGCUUCCUGUUCCUAUGACAGGAAGGUUAUUAUCUGGAAGGAAGAAAAUGGCACUUGGGAAAAGACCUACGAGUACACGGGACAUGAUUCUUCAGUGAAUUCUGUCUGCUGGGCACCACACGACUAUGGACUGAUCCUGGCCUGCGGCAGCUCUGACGGGGCCAUUUCCUUGUUGAGCUACACGGGUGAUGGGCAGUGGGAAGUCAAAAAGAUCAGCAAUGCACACACGAUUGGAUGUAAUGCAGUUAGCUGGGCUCCUGCUGUUGUACCAGGAAGCCUUAUAGAACAACCCUCUGGUCAAAAGCCAAACUACAUCAAAAGAUUUGCAUCUGGUGGCUGUGACAACCUGGUCAAGAUCUGGAAGGAAGAAGAGGGUCAGUGGAAAGAAGAGCAGAAGCUGGAGGCUCACAGUGACUGGGUACGAGACGUGGCCUGGGCUCCCUCCAUCGGUUUGCCAACCAGCACCAUUGCUAGCUGCUCUCAGGAUGGCCGAGUGUUUAUCUGGACCUGUGAUGAUGCCUCUGGAAACUCCUGGUCGCCAAAGCUGCUGCACAAGUUCAAUGACGUUGUCUGGCACGUGAGCUGGUCCAUCACUGCCAACAUCCUUGCAGUGUCUGGAGGAGACAACAAAGUGACACUGUGGAAGGAGUCGGUGGACGGGCUGUGGGCGUGCAUCAGCGACGUGAACAAGGGCCAAGGAGGGGUGUCUGCUGUGACAGAAGGGCAGCAGAACGAGCAGUGAUGCACAGUGGAAUACUCCAGCUGCAGCACGUGAUCACUGUCCCUGAUUUGCAAUGCGUCUUUAGCUGGAUGAGAACUGAUUUUAUCUGAACUGGACAUGAACAUGGGAAACAAUUAUCCAAUUUUAUGAGCCCUCUAUUGCUGGGAGGCUACAAUAUGUUGAUAAUCAGCCUUAAUUGACAUUCCCUUAAAUUUAAGAUAAACAGUAUAGCCAAGGACUGUGCCUGAUACUACUCCUUGAUACUGUAGGAAUUAUUCCCUGCUUUUCUGGUUUAGGGGUCAAAUUUGAGUGGCUGUCCUGUGGUCAGAGUUCACGCCCUUCAGCAGAACAGGGAGAAGCUGUCAAAACAAUGAGGUGUGAUACUCCUUUAUGCAGGGGACAAAUACUCUGUGCCCUCAAAGACCAGAACUUUGUUUCAAGCGAGGGAACGGGCUGGUGGAGUUCUCGGGUUAGCUGGUGGUGUGCUAGCUAGCCCUGCUGGUAACAGUGACAUUGUACUUGUGUCUCUCUGGUGCUUGGUGAAAGUCUCUGCUUUCUGGGAGAUGAAAAGGAGUAGUGGAAUGCAUAUGUCUUCUGCUUUAUAAUAAUCUCAAACUGGGUUAUUUAACCAACAUCAAUAAAUCAAACCAUGGUUUGAAGAUUUAUUUUUUUUAGUCACACUUCUGUACUGUACCUCAGUUGUUUGGAUUUUUUUUUUUGGUUGAGAUACCAACAGAAUAAAAUCCUAUUGGUUAAAAA